AUAAUACACUUGAGCAUAAUGAAAACAAUCAUAUGACGUUUUUGUUUAGAUCACUAACUUAUACUCAGAAAACUUAGAUAAACAAAUGCACUUUAUGAAUGAUUGUAUAUGAAGUAGGGUUUUGUAAUAUUUCUCUUUCCAUUGAAGAAGUGGUUACUGGAGAAUAUAUGUUAUUGAUGAAGAUUACCAUUAUGAAAAUUAGAACAACAUAUAUAAGCAAACAAUAUUGUUUUCGAUUAGAUAGUAAUCAGGCUUUACUCUAAUAUGUAUAUAUAUGAAUAGUUAUAUGAGAGUUUUUAUCUGAACUAAACUUGGAUGAAUAGACUGUAAAAUAAUAAUGUUUUCUAAUACCUAUUUUAAAUGUUUACUUAUUCAAGUUUAACCUAAUUUAGCGAUAGCCUAUUGUGGAAGAGGACAAACCAAAUUCCAUCUGAAGAGGAAAUUAGGAAAAGACUCUCAAAGUGGAUAGGAUAUACAUUAUGGAAAUCAUCAAACUUCAUCAUGAGGCAAGCGCUAACUUAAAAUCUUGAAGUGAGACGGAAAAGAGGAAAACCGAAGGACACACCGGAAAGGAUUGUCCAGUAGAGAGCUGGAUAGAGAAUGAUGGUGAUUGCCCCAUGCUCCUUAAUGAAGGGUAACAGGCGUAAGUAAUUCAGUGGAUUAUUAUUCGCCAUAUUCAAACAAUACUAAUCACAGUCAACAGUAGUAACAAUGAUCAUUGAAUUACGUCGUUUGGGUGUUAGUCUGUUAUGCUUAGCAGUGGGUCUGAGUAUUGCAUCGUUGGUAACAAGUCUUUGGGAUUGUGGAAAUUUAUUCUCAGGAUGUCAGAAUACUGUUCAUAAGGAGACUGUAUCAGCUGUUGCUGGCUUAAUCAUUUUAGGCACUGUAUGCCUAUUAAUCAUCAUCCUAUUGGAUGCGAUUGCACUGUGUUCAGAUGUAUUCGCCUCACGUGCUGCUUAUACAACUGUACGUUUCAUCAUAUUAUACUUGGGUGCUGCAGCUCUCUUGAUUGGCAUACUAGUGUACACAUCAUUAGUCGGACAUCAUUGGUCAUACUUCUUCGCAGUGACUGGAGCUGUACUAGCAACACAAGUGGCUAUAUUGGCAAUCAUGUCGUCAAAAUGUGUUACCGUUCGAACCACUACAACAACGAGAACAAUUCGAGAAAGUCGUCUGGCACAUCGGUAAACCAAUUACCAAUUCGUUUAUUUUGCUUUGAAACAUUCAACCAAUUUCCCACAUUUUAUCCUUUCUCUCAUUCAUGAUCAUUCUAUUUCUCUUGUGACUAAUUUAGCUUAAGCAAUAACAUCUAUUGUAUUGUAUUGUAUUGUAUUGUAUUGUAUAUUUGACAGUAUUCAAUGUGCAUGUUGUGUUGUUACAUGUCCAAUGAUUGCCUUACUGUGUGUUUUUCUAAUUUAAAUAUCAUAUUGAUAUAUAAACAUUGUAAUCGACAAGAUCACUGAAACGAAGUUUUAUUGGGCAUUCAGUGUACGAUUAAAAUGAAUCUGCCACUUCUUCACCAGGAUAUUAUCGGUCAGUGUCAGUGUUAUGUUUCAUGUUUGGUUGAAUACUCGAAAUACACUGUAUUAUUCUAGUUUUCACGUGGUAACAUCAUAUCAAUCGACAAUGAUGACACGAACUCGGUUAAAUCACAUAGUUUGUGUUCAUUUAUUUUGAGUUUGGUGGUCUUAUUAGAUGAAGAUUGGUCAUUUGAUUAAUCGAUGUAUAGAUUUUUGUGGGUUAACCCUCAUUCAUCUGUUUCAUCUCACUUUCAUUGCCUUCAACAUUACGUGGCCUCCAUAAUUCAGAUACUUUCACAAAUUAGAAUAAAUCUGUACCAUGAGUACUGUCAAUCGAUGUUCUUCACAAAUACAAAAGACGAAGGAUGUAUAGACUAGGGAAUAAAUAACACAGAUUGAUUUUUAGUGCGACUUAAACAGGGGAUCAUUUGUAAUCAUUGUGUAUCGAUUAUCGAGAUGAAUUUUCUGAGUGAUUGUUGUUUGGAAUUGUCAAGUCGAAUGAAUAGGAUGCCGAUCGACUGAUUUUAUGUGAUAAUUCAACAUAGUCGAGUGUUGGAUGUUAACGAGAUCAAGUUGUUGAUUUAUUGAAUCAACGAGUAAGCCGAUAUCAAGACGAGAUCACUGAACAGAACAAUAGGUUGCUUAUCGAACAAAAUAACGUGUCAGUGUGCAAGUUAUUAGCAGAAACAUAGACAUGUUUAUGUGUUGAGAGGGAUUGGGAGAAGUCAGUUCUGUGUAUCACUCACUGUGUAGUCAUCAAAUGAGACGUGAUUAUUAGAGCUAAUGACUAUCUAUUAUGUAAAUAUCUGACUGAUUAUUCUGUAUCUGCAACUGAUUAGAAUACUUGGAAUAAAUCGUGUUAACGUGAUCUGUUCAAUCGGAAUUAACAUCACAUCGGUUUGAAAGUAGACAGAUGCCAAACAUUUAGAAGUGAUGCAAAACGAACUGUUAUGAAUUUGGGACCAAACAUUUCUAUUGAAGUGCCUACUCAAUCUAAUCGAAACACUGUGUGAACCGUCGUAGAGAGGGAUAAAUUAAACAUACUCCCCAGAUAAUCCACUUAACAAAUAAAGUGCCAGAGCCCAUAGUCACAAUACGAAUCACUUGAUUAGCUAGUUGGUAAUUAAUCAACAAUCACCUAAACAACGAUUGUACUCAUUAUUGAGUGAUUGCAGUUGGUCGGUAUGGUGACUCAGUUCUAUGUGAUGGUGGAGAUAAACAGAUACAACUAGAUCACUACACAAGUAGCAAUCUCCCUAAUGAUUAGUCUUUAUGUGGUGAAUAGGAUAUUGUAGUGUGACACAUUACAGACGGAAAAACGAUUUCACAUUCAUACUCUGUAACUCUUGUGCAU